ACCAGCCUCGUAGAAUUUUCGUCAUCAUGGGUUACGAAUCCCAAAUAUCGUUUACGCUAGACACGAUUUGCCCAUGGACCUAUCUCGCUAGGCGACGACUCUCGAAAGCAUUGGCUCAAGUCCAAUCCACGGAUCCAGGAGUGACAUUUACUGUCAAAUACCUCCCCUACCAGCUAUACCCGAAUGCACCGCAAGAGGGCGAAGAUAAAUACGCUUGGUACCGCGAUGCCAGAUUCAAUGGCGACGAGGAGCACAUGCGCAAGUAUGUGGUGCUCAUGACAGCAUACGGCAAAGCAGAGGGCAUUGCGUAUAAGUUUGGUGGAAGAGUAGGAAACACAUUGCAAGCGCAUCGAGUCAUACAGCUUGUGCAAGAGACCAAGGGGCCUGCCGCAGCCGAGAAGGUGGUCGACAGCCUGUACAAGCAAUAUUUCGAGGAAGAGCAACAUCCAAGUGCCAAAGAGACAUUGCUGAGAGCUUUGAGCGAGGCAGGACUCGACGAGAAAGAAGCGAAGCAGGUUGUCGAGGACGAGCACGACGGAUUGAUGGAUGUCAAGAUGCUUAUCCGAGAGCAGGCAGGCAAUGGGGUGGAUGCAGUGCCGUACGUCGUCUUCGAGGGCAAGCGACGCGACUUUACACUCGAAGGCUGCAAAGAGGUGGAAGAAUAUGUCAAGACACUGCAGCAGGUGAUCAAAGAGAGUGGGUAA